UUCAAAUAAAUUUGAUAAAAAUAUAUUUUUAUUUCUAUUUUUAUAUCUUUUCUUUAAAUUUUUUGUGUAUUUUUUUCGGAAGUAAAAAACUACUAUUUUCAAUUCUGCCGGAGACCUCAUACCAAUCAAACAAACCGUCAUGGCUCUAAAAUUAUUUUGGUUCAUUAACACCAUUUUCACACAGGUUUACUUUUUUCAAAAAUAAGUCUUGUUAAAUUAUAUUACUGGAAAAGCUUCAACCAAAUCGAAAAUGGUCGAUUAACAUCGAUGUCUUAUGUGGCUUCCCUUUGUAGUGUCGAGGCAUUUGGGUCUUGAAGUAAAACAACAAGCAGUUGGAUACGUUGCGGUUUUACCCCUUGUAUAGUGGGCGACUUUACCCCCAGUGGAACAUUUUCAUAUUUGACCGAAAAAGUAGUCAAAAUUACAAGAUUACUCACGGCCUUCGAUAUUCCCGAAAGAAAAUAGAUUCAGGCAAGCGAUUAAACGUAUAUUCACGAACAAAACAAUAGAUUUUUAGACUGAAAAACCUUAAGUCCCGUUGCCGCAAAACAAUAGCGCAUUGACUGGUUGCCAGCUGAAAGGUUGUUUUUGAUUAUUUCUGAGACCGUUCGCGCACUAUCAAAACAGAAAAACGUGCAAAAUGUUAUGUAAUUAUACUGUUAAAGAAAUUUUUCAAUUAUUUUAUAACUUGGUAGUAAACUACAGUGGGCGGUCUUACCCCGCAGGGCGGUCUUACCCUGUUUACCCCUACACACUUCUGCAGGUCAAUAAAAUCUGCACACGGACUCUGAAAAUCUGCAUUUUGCAACGCAAAUCUAGUAUCCCUGAUUCGGACAGAUAAACUUAUUUUCGGAAUCAACAGCAAUGUAUUAGAAAAACUUGUGAAUUAUCUUCUUUCCUGCUUGAUUUCCCAUGCGCGCUGGUUCGAUUCAAAUGGUGUGUUAAUGUGUGUCAUUCCAAGAGAAUCGAAGGUGAAAUCUUAUGGAUGUGGUUGUGAUAUUGGCGCUCGCGAAAAAAUAACACUGAAGGAAAGUUUCAGAUUGAAAUGGUCUGUUUAAAUUUUCUUACUGUAAAUUGAACUUUUGAUUGAAUCUCAUUUUUGAUAGAGAAAAGAACUUUUUCUCGUUUUGUGGGGGCCCCAAAAAUGUGGGGGCCCGGGGCCCGGCCCCCCCCUUAAAUCCGGCUCUGCGUAUAGAACUGCAUUAUAUACAUGGACCAAAGCUCUUGUUUACUAUGAGUAUGAGAUAACUCUUCAAGAUUACUCAGCUGUAGUAGAUAAAUAAAAUGAUCAAAUUAUUUUAAGAAGGGAAUUGUAUGUACUUACUCGUUAGGAAAAUGUUUAGAUUCCGAAGAUGGGUACAUGACAUGGGAUGUUCAAAUGAAUCGUCGUUGUGAAGAUUCUGAAUUCGAAGUUGUUUACGAAGGGUUCGUAAACAAAACUGAAACAACAUUUCUAACGAUAAAAAUAUGCGAAAACAUGCUAUUUACACAUCGAUAACUGGGAGUCAGUUGUUUUCAAUAAAAACACGUGAAGAGACUCAGGUGUGUGGAUACAAUGGAUACACUACAGAUCAUCCUCGAAUUUUGAUUGUAGAAGUUUCAGAUUAUAAGUCACCAUUUAAACAUAGACCUAUCUCUGGAAGAAAUAAUGACAUUUUUACUUAUUUUAAUUCAAAAAUAACACUAGUUGAAAACUAUAUUGGUCAAAAAUUAGACGACGUAUAUAAUUCAGUCAUGACGGAAAUAUGUUAAAUUGACAAGGAUCUUAUGGAAACUAAAUUAAUAUUAGCUAGAAUAAAUCCAGCUGAAUUUGUAACCAGUAUAGUCAAACGGACAGGUUACACAGCGGUAGUAGCUGGAGAAGUUUUACAUAUUUUAGAGUGUAAACCAGUGUAUGUAACUCCACGAGCUGAUGAUAGAUGUUAUCAGGAAAUACCAGUUAGCCAUAACAACAUUUCUAUGUUUAUCGCCCCAGUAACACGUAUAUUACAAGUACGUGGAACUGAAAUCGAUUGUACACCACUAUUACCAGCUAAAUUUAAAUUUGGAGGGCAAUGGUAUACAACAGAUGGACGGAUAAGAGAAGCUGUGUCACCUAAAAAACUUACUAGUGAUAUCACAACAACUUGGUCUUAUACACCUUUACCUAGUUUAAUGCAAACAGGAAUCUAUGAUGCAAACAGUGUAAUUAAUGAAAAAUAUGAUAUAUGAACAAGGUGAUAGGCGAAUAGCAUCGACAGUUUCAGAUAAAAUGAUUACCGGUCAACAUCCUAAUAGUCAGGGCAGGGGUAUCAUUUUGAAGCAUUAAUUUCAGAAAAACUCAUUGAUAAUAUUUUAAAUAAAUAUUGGUCUAAAUUUAUAUCAUGGUCUACCUGGUUAGGCAACAUAACCUCGACUGCCAUAGGAGUUUAUAUGAUAGGACGUAUUAUCAAAUUUAUCAUAGAUACAACCAUGCAUGGUAGAAUAUUAUAUGAUAUCUAUGGACUUAGUUGGCAAUUAAUAGCGUCAUUCUGGGACAGAAUUACUAGUUUUCUUUCUCAUCGACAUGUAUCUAGAACAAAUAAUAAAUGUGAUGAACAAGCUAAACCCUCAGUACCCGUGUCGGAAAGAAACUCAGAAACAAAUAUUGUAACUUCAUAUGAAGGAAGACUUUAUCCUGUAAUAACAGAAAAUGCAUAAUGUUGCGUUGUGCCCGAGUUGGUAAAUCAAUCAAGUGGAUUUACAGGGUCCGGAAAUGUUACGCAACGUAUGCUAUCGUCAUUAUUUGAAAUCCAUACUUGACUCAGAAACAGGCGAGGUGAAUAAAGUUAAGACCAAACGAGAACGAAAGUGAAAUGAAAAGGAUAUGAAAAAAAAAAGAUCUCGUUCGAUCUUAACUUUCCGCGCUCCUUUUAGGUUUAAAUAAACAGUGCAGGUUUGAUAUACGCAUGCUUGCGUCGUAGUAGAGAAAGAGAGAUUGCGAUGCAACUGCUUAUCUAUGCGUGGUGCAUGGAUCAUCUAUGCGUGAGGUAGAUGUUUGAAUUUUGGUGUUGUAUGGAAAUUCGGAUUUCUCUGUGUUUAAGAAGUUUGUCAUGUAUGUUAACUCUAAUCAGUACGUUUGAGAUAAAAGGAGAAACAGAACUAUAUCACUAUCUUUGUUCAGUAAAUCAAGCUAGGGCUAAGAAGAUAUACAAGUAUAGAAAUUCCCUAGCUAGCUUUUAUUAUAGUAUUAGUUACUUUACCCCCUACAGAACAUAAUUUUAACCAAAUUUUACUAUAUAAGGUUUGAAAUUGUUGAAUAGGAAUCAAGUCAUAUCUCAGUCUGAAUUUUAUUCUUGAACAUUGAGGUUUACUUCACUGCCAGCUCGAGAGCGACCAGCAGAUUGUUUGUACGAUUCCACUCAUUCAGCCAAGAAUUAUUCUAGCGGUGAGUUUUGAGUUGUGCAAUAUACCCGUUGGUUAGCCCAAAGGCCGGAACUUGUAAUAUUUUCUAGCUUGAAUAUUUCUCUCUUCGUAAGGCAAACCUCCAAAGGAGAAAAAAGCCCGAAGACUUGAAAGUUCUUGUUUGUAAGAUUUACAAGCUGAAGCAACGAUUCACACAAGUCCGCGGAAAGAAAGACCCCGUCUUAGCGUUGGAAGCUCUACGAAAGGGAGCUAGUGAACCGUGACCAACAGGUAUUACUGUAAGGGCCGUUCCCACCAACAACCUAGCACCAAACAUAUACACAUUUUUAGUUUUUCCUCCAACAGCAUCACGAUUAACAGUAUACUUCCAGCUAUAUAGGAACCAACUAGUAUUACAAAAAGAAUAAGCAUUACCGUUUCAUCCAUGAUUUAAGAAUAUGGAUCUGACCACUCAAAUAGCUUGAUCAAUAUGUUACAAAAUCAAUGUAACAAAAACAGAAGUUAUUCGAACUAAUAAUCCAAAAGUUUGUACUAAAACUAUUCUUCAAAUAGUACGAAUAUGUUAUUUUGCUGUAGUUUCUAGUUGUUCAGGUAUCAUUUCAUGAAUGGCUGCGAGGGGCGCUGUUUGGCAUUCUUCGUGCAAUGUCGACUUCAACUUCGUUCUGCUCGGAGAUACUGGAAAGAAAAAAAUAUUGUAGAAAUACUAAAGCCGGAAGAUUUGUGACCAAUUUGAUUACCUUCCAUUAUAGUUUGACAAAAACCUGCGACUCAACCGUUGAAGGUCUGGUGAACAAAUAGUGCUCACUAUCCUAUUUGGGGAUACUGAAUAUAAUAUUGUAGCUCAAUAGUUCAAGUCAUUCAAUUUAGUACAGUAAUAACUGAUAAAAGAUAUUAUCACGAACAGUUACCAUACUUCAUUAAGUACAGUUAAAGUCCUUACCGCUUCAGCAAUGGUUUUUGAUUGUGCGGGUAGUCAGGCACGUUUUUUAUUCCUACCACAGCAACAUAUCGACACUGGCGUAACCUUUGUAACCACCCUUGUUGAUCCUACUCAUGGUACAUGUGCAACUCUAAGGUUCGUCCUCUUUCAACAUCGGACAACUGUACAGGUUAAAAAAAAAACUUGUGAAUUAAACUAAGGAUGGCCAACAAGCACAAGUAUGUUUUAGCUGUCAAUGACACUGAUGUGGACAGUGACGAUGCGAGCGAAAGAAGUAUUCCUAAGACGCAUCCUGAUGAAAUGGAACCGCACUUCGUAGCGGAAGAAACAAUUCUAUUUUCUGAGAGGGAAGCUUCAGGAAAUGACAACACUGAGCACUUCGAAGAAGAUUUGAGUAAUAGUGACUCAAGUGAGCAUGAGAAGUAAUAGUGACUCAAGUGAGCAUGAGAAAGCAUUUAUCAGUCCAGUAAUAGACGAUAAGCCAAAGAACUCGGUAAGUCAGCCAAGUACGAUGAGUAAUAAUGAAAAAAUCAAAAAAGAGCACGUCAAGUAAGCGCAUGGAACGAAUCGAGAAAACAUUGGCAGAUCUAGCUACAGCCAUGAGUUUCUUCCAGUCGAAUAACAAACCGUCAACCGUUCGCGAAAACGAACAAAGCUGGUGUGUAGCCAACACACCAUCACAAGAAAAAUCAAGCGUUCGCUGGGAAAAUAUAAAACCAUUUCCCGCUGGUGUUCCAGCAAACAAAAUGUGGGAGGAAUGGAAUCGUUAUAUCGAAAAUUUCGAAAUUGCUGCCUCAUUGAACAAUGCAAAUGAUCCAGUUAUACGCACGCGUUUACUUUUCUUAUCGAUGGGACCAAAUCUUCAAGAAAUUGUUAGAGCUGCAAAGCUGCGUCCAAAUUUGGCAGAUGCCGGAUGUUACAAAACAUUUAUAUCCAGUAUAAACGAGUAUUUUAAAUCAAUGACAGAUACUGCUGCCAAACACGAAGCGUUUUUACGAAUGCGUCAAGAAACAGGUGAGACUGCAGUGGCGUUUCACGCCCGCUUGAUGUGCAAGGUGAGAUUAUGCGGCUACAGCGACGACGAUCACGAUCACUUUGUACGAGCACAAUUACUAAAAGGGCUCAGAAACAAGGAAUUAGUCAAAUCAAGUCGGACAUACGGAUACCAAACGAAUUAUAUAGUACAGGCGGCUACCCACAGUGAGGCAUAUGAGGUCGAAACAGUAGAAACUGUGGAAUCCUCAAAUACCAACGUUUUCCAAACCAGAAUGCUUCAAAAACGAAAACCUUUGAACGAAUCGUCAAAUGAACCUACUCAAAAGCGUAGUUUUACUGAACGUGGUACCGGUCGUCGAUCAAGAUGUUCAAGGUGCAACCAACUGUUUCACAGAAAUGCGCAGUGUCCAGCAAUUAACAAAAAUUGUAACAAUUGCGGCAAACGAGGACAUUUUUCAGCUGCCUAUCGUAACAAGCGCGUAAACUCUAUUCGUUAUAACCAAGGCAAUCAAGAGAGUGACCAACCAACAUACGACCCACCAACAGACGAACAGGCUGACGAGGAUAACAAACAGGUACAAAUGUAA